AGCCGGGCUCUAGAAUGUUGUCCGGUUGAAGACGCGCCCCCACAUCCCCAGGUCUGCUGAUCGAUUCCUGGGGAUGAGUGAUCGAUUACACCUUCAAGCACAUUCUGACACGAGCUCGAGCUCAUCAAGCGUUAGCUACAAGGGAAGGAUGCCAAAUCAUCUGCCACCUGGGGUCAUCCUCCGCUUUGCGCAACCCUCGGCUGACAAAGAUCCGGUGACCGAAGUGCCGUUCGAGCCUCGAGGUUCCACGGCCUUCAUGUCGCGGAAGGCCGACGAUGGGAGCUCCUCGGGCGGCAGCUUGCAGGACACGCCGCCCGAGGAGAUGUUGUCGCUCGCGCUUGGGCAGCCUGAAAACUGGGCCUUGAGGGAGAGGCCGACCCUCGUCAUCAGGAGUCACAGCCAAGGCAACUGCGUGCCAUGCGUCUUCUUCGCGCUGUGCAACCGCUGCUACUUCGGGGAUCGGUGCGGCUGCUGCCAUUCGUCGAGCCAUCAGAACGCAACGACCAUGCUGCGAUUUCGGUUUGCGUCUCGCAAAAUUGUGAAGGCAGCAUUGCAGCCGCAAAAGAGCCUUCCGCAGGCCAAGGCGAAGGCCGCGUAUCAACAGAAGCGCCUUUCACCGCAGGCGGAGGGCAGCUCUGGAGCGCAAGCAUCGACCACCACUUCGACCGCAAGCAGAUCUGGAACGAGUCUGAAGACCCAGGAGGAGACCGAAGACCCAGAAGCCUGGAGAUCCAUGGACCUGCGCAACUGGCUCCUCAGCAUCGACAACGGUAGGGGUUGCCUGCUCCGGUAUGAGCAGUCGCUCACCGCCAACUUUGACUCGCUGGAUCAGAUCGUCGACCUGUACAUCCGCAAGAACGGACGGGGUCGGGUGGUGGUGGAUUCGCUGUUCUUCACUGAUUUGCAGAUCAAGAAGGUUGGGCACCAGCGUCUGAUAGAGAAGUGGUUCAGGGAGCGUGCUGCUCACGUCGUCCUAGCCCCCCAGGGCUAGGCUGGCCACCUGAACUGCCUCAUCACGUGCGAUCUCGCCCCCGGCGAGAGGGCCUUGCGCCUCGUGAGAAGUAAUUAAGUUGCGAGGCGCGGCACUAAACAACCUUCCCCGAGUGCUGUACAGGGGAGCCGCUUGGGAUGCCAUUAGAUAUCCAAGGCCGGUCGUCAGCGUUCGGGUGUUCACUUUAAAUCUUUCCUCCCUGGGCCCAGGAUGCCUCCAGUUGCGACAGCAUGGCUGUCAGGACUUACUGGGGGAACAGUUCCGGGGCAGGGCAUCCCUGGGCCCGAAGAGAAGACCGAUGCCUGGUUCUCGGGCGGCUACGGUCCGCAUGGCCGCAGGAAUUUGUCCACCCAAGCACGCUACAUUGACG